AUGAUAGUUUUAUUGACGCAGGUCACAAGCGCACAUGGUAUUCAAUUAAUUUGUGUAUCGACAGAGCUCUUUUUUUUCAGAGCCAGAAUCAGAAAAUGGGAACGAUGUGUGGAGAGAUCCGAAUGACCCGACGCUCGAGCACCGUUCCCAGCCUUCCAAACCACUUCCCUCUAGUUCGAAUGUUCCCGCCGUUCACCAAAAAGUGAGAAAACAUUGAACGCAAAAAGUCAUCCUUUCGAUAGUUUCAGCCAGAUCAAAGCCUUCGUCUGAUUCUCCGACAACUCCUAUUGGAACUCCAUAUCGAUUAUGAACAUGAAGAAUCUGUGCUGCGCGAUGUUCAGUGAGUAAAGUGUCCGAGGUUUCUCAGACGAAAAAAUGCCCAUUUCCAGAGUCAAAAUCUCGCGACACAGCAUGGUAGUGCUCUCAAAGUAUCUGAACGACGAGGAAGCUGAUAAUCCAGAAGAUCGUGAAGCCGUCCGCUCCGCUCUUUCCAACAUUUUCACUGUGAAAGAGGCGGCUCCCGAUCCGACGUGGCACGACACAUUCAUCUUCCUGCAGCCGUUCAUAUUCACUCUCAACUUGUUCGUUCUUCCCGCCGCUGCCGUCGUCGUUAUUCGUUCGAUAGUCCGUCCUCGAAACUUCUGGAUACUCGUAUUCUCGACAAUUCUCAUAAUUUCAAUGUAUUCUGGCUACAACAGAAAGUACCAAGAAGCGGAAUCUCGUCGGUUUGCCCAGUUCCAAGAGAGUUCACGAGACGCGUGCGCUCCCGAAGGACUGCUCUCCCGAAUGGUUGAGAUUGUGGCCUCGCCGUUCCAGUACAGACAAAAGUCGAAUUGUCUCAAGUACAUCGAGAGUCAGACCAUUUCGAUCUUCCACGAAAUUUCCAUAAUCGAAGUGUUUUCCGAAACCAUUUCCAGUGGUUUCUUCGCUUUCAUGUCCGCUUCUGCCAAGCAUUUGAACCACUUCUUCAGGUAAUUACACGCUAAUUUUUAUUUCUAUCUUACUCUUCUUUUUCAGAGAUUUGUACGAUGGUGCUCCGUUUAUAGCCCAAAUCGUCAUGACAUUCUUCCUGAUUCUGAUGGUCGGCACCGUCCGUACUCCGUUCUUCAGUUAUGAACCCAUUUGUGAGCCAAUUCUUUUAUUUCAAAUGUUUGAUAACUUAUUAAUUUGAGGGCUCACGUUCUGCAGUUCAAGCAUCGGAAAAAUCGCAGGAUGGUUGGAAGGUGGAGAGCCGGAACGACCUCCACCUCCUGCAAUCCAAUUGAAUGUGACGAAAAAAGAGGUGAAAAGAAUAGAACAGGAGAAAAAGUACGGCAUCGUUGUAGAGGUGGUCAGGGGGGACACGCUGAGAUUUGCAGGACCGAAAAGGCGAUCGAAUGCCCAAAAUCGGAGAAAGAAGAAGAGAAUGGCGACGGAGAACGGAGAGAGAAGAAGAGCGGCGUGGCGGACGACGAUCUGAGCCUUCUGGGCGAAUCCAGUGAGGACGAGGACGACGCUAGAGAUUCCGGUACUCGUGAGUCUUGAACUGACUUCUCAUGACUCUAAUCCUAGUUAUAGAGACGGAAUGGAGCAAAGCGGUCAAUUCUUCGUCGUUAUCAGAGUCGAGCUUCUGA